UUCCGCGUCUCGCAGCGCUACAGAGGACCCUGGUGUGUGCGAGUGUGUGUUCAUUCCGGCGUUGUUGGCUGAGGCUGAAGAAGGGUCGUCGUUUCUCUCUCCAGCGAAGUGUAGCCUCCUGUUUUGCGGCCUCCUGCGUUGCUCCGUAGUCGUCCAGUGUUGGUGAAACAGCUGCAGAGAGAUUUGAUCAGUUGGAACUGAGAAAGAAGAACCAGUAGUGGUACAUUUUAAUAAAUACUAGGAAAAACUGUUGUUAGGAGACUCCUUGGAGCACCUGUCCAGAUGGACUAGCAUAGAAGCCUAAACCAACAUCAGAGGAGAUGAGGGCUCCUAAGUGUAUUCUCUUGUGAAUGGAGCAGGGUGAGCAGUGAGGAUGCGUUGCCUGGCGGCCCGGGUCCACUAUAAGACCCUGAUAGUGAUCUGUGCUCUGCUCACGCUCGUCACUGUGGUGCUGUGGAACAAGUGCACCAAUGAGAAGGCGCUGCGCUUCCUGCCCCGGGCCCCGCUGCCCCCACCCAGCCCCAGAGCGGAUGGCCUUCAGCAGCAACCCCAGCCCCCUGAGCCCCCGCCUGUGGUUGGAGGAGUUCGAUAUGAAGAAAUCGACUGCCUGAUCAAUGAUGAUGUCACCAUCAAAGGGCGGCGGGAGGGCAGCGAGGUCUACCUGCCCUUCAGCUGGAUGGAGAAAUACUUUGAGGUGUAUGGCAAGGUGGUGCAGUACGACGGCUACGACCGCUUUGAGUUCUCCCACAGCUACUCCAAAGUGUACGCUCAGAGAGAGCCCUACAGCCCCAGCGGAGUCUUCAUGUCCUUCGAAGGAUACAACGUGGAGGUGCGGGACAGAGUAAAGUGCAUCAGUGGAGUGGAAGGAGUGCCCCUGUCCACCCAGUGGGGCCCUCAGGGUUAUUUCUAUGCCAUUCAGAUAGCGCAGUACGGCCUGAGCCACUACAGCAAGAACCUGACAGAGCGGGCACCCCAUGUCGAGGUGUAUGAUACGGCUGAGGAGCGGGACAGCAGGCCUAGCGCAUGGAGCGUGCCCAGAGGCUGCUCAUUGACCAGGAGCUAUGACAAGACCCGCUUAUCAUCUGUCCGCCAAUUCAGCACCACAGAGAACACAGAGGGCAUCUCUCUUCCUCUCGGCAACACAAAGGACUUCAUCAUCUCCUUCGACAUAAAAUUCACAUUCAAUGGAAGCGUGUCUGUUGUCUUGGAAACGACAGAGAAAGGGCCUCCGUUCGUGAUCCAUUACGUCACCUCCACUCAGCUCAUCGCCUUUAAAGAGAGAGACAUCACCUAUGGCAUCGGCCCUCGGACAACGUGGACAACGGUCACCCGUGACCUCCUCACCGACCUCCGCAAGGGUAUUGGCCUGUCCAACACCAAAGCAGUCAAAGCCACCAAGACCAUGCCGCGGCGUGUGGUCAAGCUUGUACUCCGAGGUCGAGGAGCUAUUGACAACAUCACCAUCUCCACCACUUCUCACAUGGCCGCUUUUUUUGCCGCCAGCGAUUGGUUGGUGCGCAACCAGGAUGAGCGGGGCGGGUGGCCUAUCAUGGUGACCCGCAAGCUAGGCGAGGGCUUCCGGCCCCUGGAGCCAGGCUGGUACUCGGCCAUGGCGCAGGGUCAAGCCAUGUCCACUCUAGUGCGGGCCUACUUGCUAACUAAGGAUGAAACUUACUUGAAGUCAGCCCUAAAAGCCACGGGCCCGUACAAGCUGCCCUCAGAACAGCAUGGGGUAAAAGCAGUUUUUAUGAACAAGUACGAUUGGUAUGAGGAAUAUCCCACCACGCCUAGCUCUUUCGUCCUCAACGGCUUCAUCUACUCGCUUAUUGGCUUGUACGACCUGGCCCAGACGGCAGGGGACAAGGACGGGCGAGAGGCAGCCCAGCUGUACAGCAAAGGCAUGGAGUCCCUCAAAGCCAUGGUGCCCCUGUACGACACAGGUUCGGGCACCAUCUAUGACCUGCGCCACUUCAUGCUGGGCAUUGCGCCCAACCUAGCCCGCUGGGACUACCACACCACACACAUCAACCAGCUGCAGCUGCUUGCCUCCAUAGACAACUCACCCAUCUUCAGGGACUUUGUCAAGCGCUGGAAGAGCUACCUGAAAGGCGGCCGAGCCAAGCACAACUAGUGCCAGUGCGAUGAGCAAUGGUCAGAAAACAGAACCCCAGGACUCAGCCAGAACAGUUUGGCUCCAUGUGGGGGAGCAGAGUUAGCUUGAGCAGUUGGCACUGGGGUUAAAGUCCUCAGCCAGCUAGCUAGAGCCUGCUGCAGUUUCCAGCCACAGGCUAUGGCUGACCUCUUGGGUUUUUGGGGGGUUUAAAACUGUAAUUGCAGUGCUUGUCAUUUCUGUGCUAGAGGUUCUAAUUAAGUACAAAUGUGACUGCUUGCAGGGUGUGUGUGUGUGUGUGUGUGUGUGUGUGUGUGUGUGUGUGUGUUUGUUUGUUUGUGUGUGAUGGAAUGGAGCGGGGGAUUCUUUAAUCUCCAGGUUUGAGAGAGAGAGAUGUGCCCAGUAAGAUUAGCUAUGUUUGGACACACUUCAGUCAGGAUUAAGGAUAACACAAUGACUCUCACAACUUUCUUCCAAAUUUUUCUCUUUCUUCUUGUGGCAGCAUGGUGGGAUAAGCAAAUAAGCACUGUUCAAUAAUUAGACCUCCACAAAAUGUAAUAAUAAUUUGGCCAGAAAUGGACAGAAGCAAGAUACAAAAAAACAGCCGUAAUGACAUUUUUCACUACAUUUGAGGACUGAAAGCUUACUUCCUAAAAAUAACUUUAAACCCAAUUUGGUUUGAUGACAUUAAGAAGAUACAGAUGCAUUUAUUAAGAGUGGCCUCACCCAUUUACCCAUCAUAAAGUUGAUCCAGCAUCUUUAAAAGAACAAGUUUUGAGAUGCUUUCAGUCUUUAUUCUUUCGAGGCUAUGGCUGACCUCUUGGGAAGGAAACCCUCCAAUUCAUUUCUAGCCAAAAAUAUCCCAGUACCAUGCACUGGGAUCUCAUAGGUCCUCACCUCAGUAACAAACCUCAGGCAUCACAAUUAAAUUGUGUCCUCCCAGCCCUGCUUGGGCCAGGUCCAGCUGGACCUUCUGAGUGCACUGAGCUGUGAGAAACAGGUCCUGUUCAAAAGGUACAGUCUUGAAGUAUAAUAUCCACUGCUUGCUGUCUGAACUGGAUUUUAAAGGAAUGGAUUGGUAAAAACCAAAUUCAUGUUUUUUUUUUUUUACUUAUCCCAGAUGUUUUUGAUAAGCCAAGACAUAUUUGGUGUCCCAAUUUGGCUUCGUUACCUCAGCGCUGGAGCACGAGGCCAGUGUUGGUAGCUCAGUAGUCACCCAAAUAUUUUGUAUAAAUAAAUGCCCAAAACACCCUCUCAAACCAGGUCUUCACUGAGGUGGUGCAGACUUGCUGAUGUAGUUUACAACAGAGUAUGACUUACUAUAAAAACAAACAAGACUUCGCCAUGAAGCUAACCGUAGCGGACAGCCAUUUUAGACGAGAAGUGUUGUGCUGAAUUCCGUCACCCCUUAAUGCGCACUCGUCAUGCAGGCAUAUCGAUGCUACAGAGUACAUUCACAAUUUCUGCUGUUUUUAUUUAUAACUAACCGUUCAUCUUGAAUUUUCUAACAGAAGAUAUGCUUAUAAAUAGAAACACCAGAAAUCACAAAUGUAAUCUAGCAUCCAUAUUGCCAGAGUGAUGUGUGCAACCGGGGAGGGGUCCGUGGCACGGAGGGAGUCGGAAUUUGGUGAACACCUGUUGUCUGAAUAGGCUGACUGCAGCAUAUGCUGUCUGCAGUUUUUGUUCAGUUUCAUAGUUUACACCAAGUCGUACUGUGUCCUAAACCACAUUGAUGAGAUCUGGAUGUAGUGUAAGGAGGUUGAGAGAAGUUUUGGGGGUGUAUUUACAGAAAAGCUUUGGGUGACUAUUGACUUCUAGUGUUUGUUAGCAACAUUAGCCUCAAAUUUGGACACCAAACAUGUCUUUGAUCCAGUACAUCUAGGGGAAGUGGAAAAUUGUGUAAAUAUGAUUUUGUGCCAAACCAUUAAUGUGUGUUUGUGCUGAGUUAUGGAUGGUCACCAAGUGUGUAAUGGUAAGAAUUUAAAAUGAUGCUGAACAGUUUUCUCAUGCAGUUAUCCUUACUCACUAAGGUCAUAAUUUGCUUAUUCAACUUGGCAGAUUCCUUAUUCUCAUUUGAAUGGAUUGAAUUACAAAAGCACAGAAGAACAAAAACUGGACUUUACUGAAGAAAGUAUAGAGGGAUCACACCAGGGUUAAAUUCUUGUCCGUUGGCCUUCUAGUACCAAGGGAUGUGAAAUACUAUGAAGAGAACUCCAUUUAUGAAAAGAAAUCAAAACAGUGUUUCUAGGAUCCCACCAAAGCUGAAUUUUCUGAACUGGUCUGUGAUUGAGUCUUAAAUCCACAAGUUUAUUUAGGGUUGUAAACUGCAGUAGCGACAGUGUGAGUCAGUGAAUUUUACAUUGGUCCUCUAAUUCAGAAUAACUUACUGCAGAGUCUGGGGCUGUAUGGAAAAAUCUUAGUAGCAUAACUGACCAUUUGCUGUCAUUCCCCAACGUCAAGAACCGUAAACCUUAACCACAUAGUAAGAGCAGCAGGCUGCCAGAGGAAACUCAUAGGUGUCCUCAUAAAACACUGAGGACAACAGUCAGAAUGGCAUGGAGUGCUAGAGCAGCUUCAUGCUGAUUUGAGGAGUGAGAGUUAACUUCCUAUCAAUGACUUCAAACCUCAUUUGGAUUCUGUGUGUAAACUGGUCAUGCACUUUACUUGCAUAGCAUGUGUGUGGUGAGAAUGCUUUUACAAAUGCAGUUAUGAUAGUUUACUGGGGUUAUUGGAUGGUUUACUUAUUUUUUUUAUUUUUUUUUUCUCUUUACUCAGCCUUCUUGCAGUGACCAGACUUAAUUAGUCGUAUGUAAGGGAAUUUUAUUGUGUAAUGAUUGCGAUGUUGUAGCACGGGCCAUUUCCUUUUUUUCAUCUAUAUGUUAACUCAUCAGUUUACAUCAUAAACUGAGUUCAUGUUCUCAGGAGGGCAUUUUUAAAACAUCUGUAAAACAGCUUCUUGAACUGAAGUAUAUGGUUCGUACAGUACACUACAGACCACCCAGACGUUGUUCAGAGCAAAGAAAAAUAUAUUUUCUUUGUGAAAUGGCCUGCAAGGGCUAAAAGUGUUUCCCUUAUUUUAUGAGAAAUGUAAUUGUUUCCAAUAACCUGUCAAAACAAUUACUAUUUAGUGCUUAUAACCACUAUCAAAUAAGCUUAAAAAUUGAAUUAAUGUCUUUGUGUUGGAAAGCUUGAUUUCUCCUCCUGUUUUCAAAAUUAGAUACAUUUUCAGCAUAUGGAAAUAUGGAAAUAGCAAUUCCAGCGUAUUAUAUGGUUGAUUACCAGACAACAAGUUUCUAUGGUUUCCAAUACUUAAAAACGAACAGAAAGCCUGUUUUUACAAAAUCACACUUAAAACAUUAGUCAGUGGGCAGUUGCUUAAUUCUAGAAAUAAACGUGUAUGCAAAAUACAUAUUUUAGUGAUGCCCGAUGAUAUCAGAAUCAUAUACGAAUCGGCAGAUGUUUGCUAUAGAAAAAAAAGAAGAAGAAGAAGAAAGAAAAAUUUGAAACUCAUCAGCAUUGGACAGAUGUUUAGAUUUGACCAGUACAUCGCUGCUGUCGGAACAA